CUUUUCAGUUAUAUAUGGGUAGAUGUUAUGGCUUUGUUGAUUAAAUUCGUGAGUUAUUGAGUUUUUUUAUUCGAGACGUUGAACAGUCCAUUGAAUCGGCCACACCCAUGUUUUUUGUUUUCUAUGGAACGAGAGGACAACAGUGAAUCACUAGAAAAGUAGCAUUGCGUCUUUAUGUUUGUCUAGCUAUUAAGAUGGUGAGAAGUCAGGUAAUUCUUUAUCAAUACAAUGCUAAGCAGCUUCUCUAUGAGUUAAUGUCAGAUAGUGAACGUACAGUAGAAACUGCAUCUGAAAGAACUACUUUCUCAGUCACUCAACUUCGUGCUAUUAAAUCCACAUCGUUUACCAGUAUGACUAUUUGGUUGACGGACUGGCAUGUAAGUAAGUACCCAGGGUCGAACAUCACAGUUGAAACAAGACAAGUAAAUGAAGUCAUAGCCAGAUGUUUUAAUGAUGGAGGUGGGAGUCUAACCAGUGAGCCAGAAAGUUUCAAAUAAGGGAUUAAAGCACAUAAAAGAAACUUUACUUCCCCACGAAUAUCAUUCUGAAUUUUUUUCAGAAUGACUUACAAAGAAAGAGAAAUAGUUAUGUGAGCGAUAAUCCCAAUAGGAAUAAG